AGCUAUACAUGGAUUCAUCAAACUUCAAAUUUUUCCUCAUGCUGCUGCUGAUUUUUCCGGCGCCGGCCGCCGUCGCCGCAGCUCCUCCGAAGCUCUUCCGAGAAUACAUCGGAGCCGAGGGCAAAAACGUAAAAUUCUCCGACGUACCCGUCGAUCGACGAAUCGAUUUCCACUUCAUUCUAUCGUUCGCAAUCGAUUACACCAACUCGGCAAAACCGACCCCUACUAACGGCGAUUUCCGCGUCUACUGGGAUUCGGACAACCUCAGCCCUUCCGACGUUUCUUCGAUCAAAUCUCGGAAUCGGAAUGUCAGGGUAGCCAUGUCCCUCGGAGGCGAUACGAUAAACGACAAAUUCGUCUUCUUCGAUCCCGACUCGAUCGACACAUGGGUCGCCAACGCGAUUCGUUCGAUAACCUCGAUCGCCCGAAAGUACGGCCUCGACGGCAUCGACAUCGACUACGAACACUUCAAAGCAGACCCGGACACGUUCGCGGAAUGCAUCGGCAGAGUUGUGUUUGAACUAAAACAGAGUCGGGUCGUCGCGUUCGCGUCGAUUGCGCCGUACGACGACGAUUCCGUCGAGCCGUAUUAUUUGGCACUGUGGCGGCGAUACGGUCGACUUUUCGACUACGUUAACUUCCAAUUCUACGCUUAUCCGAAGGGCACGACGGUCGGGCAGUUCCUCGGGCAUUUCGAGAGGCAGAGGAAGAAGUACGACGGCGGCGACAUUCUGGCGAGCUUCGGCACCGACGGCUCCGGCGGGCUGUCGCCGGAGAAAGGGUUUUUCAAUGCGUGCAGGACGUUGAGUGAUGAGGGGAAGCUUAAUGGGAUAUUUAUAUGGUCUGCGGAUGACUCUAAGAAGGGUAAGUUCAAAUUUGAAAGACAGUCUCAGGACUUCUUGGCCAGGCUUUGAUAAUGAAUGAAUGAAUGGUGAUGGAGGAUGAGGAGAGUUUGGUCAUAUUAUAAAAUAGGAAUAAAUAUU